UAGUCAAAACCCUAGGGUUUGAGAGUUUGCUUCUGAUAAUAUUUCACUACUUUGGGAACAGAGGGAGAAGAAACCCUAGUCUCCAUAGACCAAUUAUCGAAGAUUUGGAGAAGAAGAUACAGAAAAUACACUUGAGGGUUCUAUUCUCUCAGGGCAUUUUUCUGGAAGUUUUGGUAUCUUGUGCAAGCUUAGCUUGAGGGCAUUGUGCAGUGAUGAAAUUGAAAACUUGACACUCGAAAAGUUUUGUUGCUAAAUUUGUAGAAUUAGGCUUCCAGAAAAGGACAAUAAAGUUAUCCAUAAUAACACUAUUAAGAGCCCGUUUUGUCUUGUAAAUGUUUAGUGCUUUUAAAUGUAAAAACAAGUAAUGUUCCAGGGUUUGUGUUGCCUUCAGGGUACAGAGAUGCGGCUUCUAACUCACAACAUGCUAUCCUCCAACAUCAAGGGUGUGACUAAUGGAUUUCCUCUGCGCGUCGAAGUAGAGAAAAUGGUUGAAAAGCAAGUAGACUUCAAUGCUGACUUCCUUAAGAACAUGUUCACAAAAAUUGAGUGGAAGGCCCUCUUUGAUGCAGCCCAAACCAUGGGCUACACAGAUCUCCCUGCAGAGGCUGAGUCAUCCAUGCUUGAUUCUGAUGAGUUCUUGAAGAAGUUUCACCAUGCCCUCCUUGAGCUCCACCUUGAAGAGGGCGCCCUAAUCUGCCCUGAAACUGGCCGACGUUUUCCUGUCAACAAGGGUAUCCCCAAUAUGCUCCUGCAUGAAGAUGAGGUCUGAGUGAGGUCCAUUUCAAUAUCGCUUUUUGCCAUCAUCUGUCUGUUUGAAGUGAAGAUUAGGAAUUUUAUGAAAGGGUUUAAGAGGAAGUUACAUAUUAGGCUCUUUUGGCCCAAGUAUUUUGUGUUAACUGUAAAAGGAAGAAAUGGAGUAGCUUCUUUGCUCUUACAUGGAAGAUAUCUCCUGACUGAUUGGGUCAGAGGAUGCUUGAAACAGGAAGAAUAUACAUAUAUGAUUUGAGGGAUUUCAGGGGAGUUUUUGCUUAA